AUGUUGACUGCAGGUGGUCUUCGAAAUGCCUGCCCGAACUGUCGAGCUCGUUUGACGAGCUUGACAGGAAAACCUCUCCCCGGUGCAUCUCCUGCCAGUCGACUACCUCGAUCGAGCUUCGCGCAACAGAACAGCGUCCCUACCCUUCGAUCGUUGAACAACUCCACUGCCCGCAGAGCCUUCUCGACAACAUCCCGACAUUUGAAAGAGUCCGAUUCCAACCGAGGCGACAAAGAAGAACUCACGCGCACAGCGGACAUCGAAACAACAGUUCGGGAGGCGAAACAAAGAUUUCGGGAUACCUUGCCGAAAGGCUACCUCAGCGACGAAGAAUACAGGCUCUACGAGCGCUGGUACGGGCCGCCACUGAGAGAGACGUCACCGGACGAUGUUGGCAUCAAAUACUUGAACGACAAACACUCUGCCCGGCUCCGGCGAGACGGGUCUGGUGGGCCGACUCUCUUCCGACAGGUUGAGGGUGGCACGCUGCAGGAGGUGCAGUAUGCUCCGAAGAGGACAGAGCCAAAACAGAGCGAUGGCGAAGGGGAGUCUACCCAGAAUCAGAGUUUCUCGGAAACAUCUCCAGAUGUCAGCGCCACCGAAAACCGGGUGCCCGAAGGCGACGACAAAUACAUCAACAUUGUGGCGAGGAACAAGAGAGAAUACGAUGCUCUAAUGAAACUUCAAAAGGACUUUGAAAACAACGCUCGUGCUGUGGAAGAGGCAGAGCGAGAUCAGCUGGAGGAGGAAGAACUGAGGGACGAGGAGCGUGAGUUUGAAGAGGACGAGGACGAGGAAGAAUUCGACGAAAGCGAGGACGGGAUUGCGGACCAAAGGACCUCGACGCGUGCCGGUCGUUUACACCCAUUUACCAGGGAGGGCCACUUCUCGACAAACCCGAGUACUGUGAGCUUGCCACAUGUCGGGUACAUCUCCCCUGUCACGACGAUACUUGGCAGAACAGACAUCAAGCAUGUGAAGGAGGCUGCCGAGAAGGCAUUCGGAGGACCUGGUCUGCCAUACUCUCCCGCUACACCCGCGUCCAAGAUGGGCUUGGAGCAGCAGCCUGUUGGCAUGGCCGCGUGGCAGCACAAGAUGUCAGACAUUGAAGCAGACGCUUUUGUUUCUUCGUUCCUUCCUCCUGCUUACGCAUCCUCUAUGGGUAGUCUGGUGGAGGUACGCAAGCGUCUAGGUACGGACUGGCUGCGCAAGCUGUUCGAAAAGUCUGGUGGCCCUCGUUUCCUCGACGUCGGCGCUGGCGGUGCCGGUCUGUUGGCCUGGCAGGAUAUCACGCGCGCAGAGUGGGAGGCGAUGCGGUCGCGCGGAGAGGUCGACGCCAAGAACCCCCCUGGAAAGCAGUCUGUAGUUGUGGGCGCCGAGAAGCUGAGGAAUCGCGUCUCCAAGUUUUUGCACAACACGACCUUCCUACCUCGCCUCCCGGAUUACGUCCACUCAGUCGACAACGCGCACUUGCAGCUCGACGCCAACGAGGUUCCUCAACCGCGCAAGAUGUACGACGUCAUUAUUGCCUCCCACCUGCUUCUUCCCGUCAAGGAGGGCCACAGACGCAAGGCGAUUCUGAACAAUAUCUGGUCUCUGCUGAAUCCCGAUGGCGGUGUCCUCAUCGUCUUGGAGAAGGGCCAGCCCCGUGGCUUCGAAGCGGUGGCCGAUAUCCGCGAACGCUUGCUUAGCGAAUUCCUGAUCCCACCGGGUGGCGAAAACCUCACGCAGAGCGAAGAGAGGAACCCGGCCUUCGAGAGGGUCAAGGAACCCGGCAUGAUCAUUGCGCCCUGCACAAACCAUCGCGGGUGCCCCAUGUAUCACACUCCCGGAAAGAGCACCGGACGCAAGGACUUCUGCCACUUCAGCCAGCGCUUCGUUCGCCCCCCGUUCCUACAGAAGAUCAUGGGCGCAACACAGCGCAACCACGAUGACGUCCAGUUCAGUUACCUCGCCAUCCAGCGCGGUGUCGCCGCCAAAGAAGGUCCUCUCGCUGGAGAGGAGGCUACGAAACGCGCAUUCGAGGGUUUUGAGAAGUCCGAGACUGCGCCUGAUAUGCUCUCCCUCCCCCGCCAGAUCCUCCCACCCAUCAAGCGCCGCGGUCACGUCACGCUCGACGUCUGCACGCCCAACGCGCAGAUCGAGCGCUGGACGGUUCCCAAGAGCUUCAGCAAGCAGGCUUACCACGAUGCGCGCAAGGCAAAAUGGGGCGAUCUGUGGGCUCUGGGCGCGAAGACUCGCAACCACCGCAGCGUGCGCCUGGGGAGACCUGAGGUCCUGGAUGACGGCGGAGUUAGAGCGCAGCGCGCCAAGGCGGCCAUGAGCAAGAAGAAGAAGAUCAUUGGCGUCGGUAUCAAUGAGACAGGCGUCGUCGACUCCCAGGACGGCCAGUCCGCCCCAAGGAGAAAGGGCAGCAAGAAGGCAGCUCGCCAGGAGAUGAUGAGAAAACUGGCCAAGGAGGAGGAGGACCAGCUGUAA